UGGAAAUUGAAUUUCAACAAUACAUCCAUCUAAAAGCUUCUGACCCAACGUACCUAGGUACAUAUUAGCGAACAUUUGCUCUAUUCGGUGGGUUUAAGGAGAAGAGUAGCAAUUGAGACUUCUGAUGUGUCUCAAUUGUGCUAAUCGUGCAGAUGGCGACUAACGAAGAUGAGGAUGCGUCGUAUGUCGACUAUGAAGCCUUCCUCGAUCCGAGUUUCAGUCCAUCGUCCUUCGCUAAUAGCCUCGUCCUUGCUACGAAUAACCCGAAUGACACCCCACUCGACCUGUCCACGCCGUUAUCUAAGGUCCUAUUCGAUUCCCAAGAAGUUGAUUCUCACAUCGACCUCCUCACAACCCGUUCUGCCAUCCCACUUCUUACAUAUACCAAAGAACAAACCGAUGCGAGCGGGAGAAUAAUAUCGGAAGUUGAUAAUCAGGUUAAGAGCCUGAAUGAAAGUUACAAGCAACUAGAAAAAGAAGUUAUACAAAAACAUGCCGAGGCGGAUGAAGUGCGCCAAGUUGCUGCUCGGUUAUGGCAGACCUUAAAACUAGGAAGAUCUGUCGGGCGCUGCCUUCAAUUGGGUCGCCAGCUUGAGAUUCAACAUACGGAGAUAACAAACUCUGGGACUAGCACUACGGGUAGCGGUAAUAGAAAAGAAGAUCAUAGAGCACUGGUACGAUGCGCGCAUACUCUCUUAUCGCUACGAGAAGUACUCGAUAAGAAGGCACCAGGUGAAGAAGGACAUGGACUCGACAGAGUCAACGCCAUCAAGAGUUUACAAGACUCAGUUAUAACACCUAUUGAAAGGUCCGUUAGAAAUACUUCAGACCAAAUCGUACGGGAAUUCAGUAUCGGUUCUGCUUCAGGGACAUCUACCUUCGCACAAAGUGAAGAAGCCAAGGCGCGAAUAAUAUCGGCCGCCGUCACACUCUACCUAUUAUCACCGGUAUCUAGUACGAAGCCCGAUAAAUGGACUCCCCAGCUACUCCUCCAAUCCCUUGAGGUCUAUCUGCGCAACGCCUUGCAGAGCUCUAUCGCAUCACUCGCAAGAUCACUUGCCACAUUACCGUCAUUAGAUCGGACUUUAGCAGAGGCCUCGGCGCGAUGUCAAAAUAUCAUUGCCCUCGAGAUUAUCCUCGCUACAACGAAUGCGCCAACUCACCCGCUUUUACCAGUGCAUAAGCAUGCGGCUUCUGACAAAUCCAACCUCUUACAACCGCUACUGACGUACCUUGAAACCGGCUCGCUCGCAUCCUACUUCUGGAGAACUAUGGCGAGCAGCUUAGCAACGCGGGUUCAGGAGAUAGUAAACCGUGGCGGUGUUUCAGCUCGUACCCUAAAGACAAACCGCAAUAGUGUCGGGGAAGCGAUUAGGGAAUGCGUUAUUAGGGGUAGUCAGCCCCCGAGUACAAUCACAGCUACUAAAGGGAAAGCUCUGAAGGGUGAUACAGAAAAGAGCGGUAGUUGGGAUCGCGAGGUCGCGGUCAUGGUCAGUGCUGUCGUUGGAAAUCUCGGAAGAUGAACCGCAUGGAUGCAGACAUUUCAAACUAGCUUGCUCCAAUCGCGCCAGACUCAGUUCCAGAUAAUAAUGCGUUUCGCAAUAAUAUCCAACCAUCGAUGUUCAAAAUGGUGAAGCACUUGAUGUGCACCCUCCCGACCGUUGUGGACUGCGUCAUGGGGGAUACCGGGCCGUGAAUACCCUUAUAC